AUGUCAAAUCUCCUUCAAUCAAUCUCUAAAUACGCCGUACCGGUUGGAAUCGCCGCUUCAUUCGCUCAGGCUUCCAUCUAUGAUGUGAAAGGGGGCUCUCGUGCGGUAAUUUUUGAUCGAAUUUCAGGUGUCAAAGAUACUGUUAUAAGUGAAGGGACGCACUUCUUAAUACCAUGGUUACAGAAGAGCAUAAUUUAUGAUAUACGCACAAAACCUCGCAAUAUUUCGACUACAACAGGGAGUAAGGAUUUACAAAUGGUCAGUUUGACUCUCAGAGUUCUACACAGACCUGAAAUAGAAAAGCUACCCAAAAUCUACCAGAACCUUGGACAGGAUUACGAUGAGCGAGUCCUACCUUCAAUUGGAAACGAGGUUUUGAAGGCUAUUGUCGCCCAAUUCGAUGCUGCCGAACUUAUAACCCAACGAGAAGCAGUUAGUAAUAGGAUUAGAUCCGACUUGCUCAAGAGAGCUCAAGAGUUCAAUAUAGCCCUAGAAGAUGUUUCGAUUACACACAUGACUUUUGGAAAAGAAUUCACUAAAGCUGUUGAGCAAAAACAAAUCGCUCAACAGGAUGCCGAAAGAGCACGAUUCAUAGUCGAGAAGGCAGAACAAGAGCGUCAAGCAAAUGUAAUUCGUGCUGAAGGAGAAGCUGAAUCAGCUGAAACAAUUUCAAAAGCUGUAGCAAAAGCAGGUGAUGGAUUGAUAAUGAUCAGAAGGAUUGAGGCCAGCAGGGAAAUUGCACAGACUCUUGCUGGAAAUCCAAACGUUACUUACCUUCCGGGCAGUAGUGAGCCAGGAAAGGAUGGAGGAAAAUUUUUGCUAGGAUUAAGAUAA